AGUUACUUGAUUCGUCAAUAGGUAUUAGUUGUGGGUUAAUUGUUACCAAUUUUCUUUUGGGAUUUUUCUUAAAAAUUUUGUUUUUUUUAUUCUCAACAAUCAUGAAAAUUUUUAUUGCAACUUGUUUAAUUGCUAUUGCAAUGGCAAAACCACAAAAUUUUGGUUAUAAUGCAGCCAAAUAUAAUCCAAAUAUAUACAAUCCAAAUGUAUAUAAUCAAAAUGCAUAUAAUCCAAAUGCGUAUAAUCCAAAUGUCUACAACCCAAAUCGUAACAUUUACAAUCCUGUUGCUGCUGCCGCAUAUAAUUAUGUACAGAAACCAUACAUACCUAUUACAUCGCAAACCCAAGAAGUGAAUCCUGAUGGCUCCUACCAAUACAGUUUCACAACUGCUGAUGGUAAAACCGCUCAGGAAACUGGUGUCUUAAAAAAUCCUGGCACAAAUAUUGAAGCCGAAUCAGUAACUGGAUCAUAUUCAUACACAGCACCUGAUGGUACACCAAUCUCAGUACGUUAUAUUGCUGAUGAAAAUGGUUUCCGAGCAGAAGGUGCUCAUCUUCCAACACCGCCACCAACACCACUUGCAAUUCAACGAUCAUUAGAAUACAUUGCUGCCAAAAACCGUGGAUUAAAUCCAUACAAUCCACAAUACAACGCAUACAAUCCAACCCAAUACAAUCCAUACAAUCAAUAUAACAACCGUCAAUAUUAAAUUAAUAUGAUGAACGAAGUCUCUCUCUUAAUUUUACGUAUUUAUUGACAGGUUUUUUUUGUUUUUUUAUGGAACGAUACACGUGAUUUUUUAGGUCUAGUUUGAAUUUUAAAAGAUUUUAUAAACACUUUUUUUUUUGGAGUGUCUCAAAGAAUUGGUUUUACGGGAUUCCGCAUUUAAUGAUUUUUGAUAAAAAUAAUAUAAUUGAUUGUUAUUUCUAACAAGAAUCUUAUAUCAUCUUUCACAAAGAUCUCACCUGAGGUCUUUUAUGAGGUCUUUUGUAGUUUAAACCUGACCUGAAUAUAUAUUGUGAGAAAUAAUCACAAAUGAUUUUGUACAUUUUUAUU